UCAUUGUACUCCAGUAGCACAUUCAAGAAAUCAGACAGAUUACGAAGUUUCAUUAGGUGGUGAAAUGAAUGGCAUUGCAUGUUCAUGCGAUGUCAUCUAUAACCAAUCUCAAUCAAAACCUGAGAGCACUCUGUGCAGAAGGUCGCUUGAAGGAUGCAAUAAACAUUGUUAUUACUACAAACAAUACUCCUGUACAGGCUUCCACAUAUAUUCAUCUAUUGCAGAGCUGCAUAGAUAAGAAAGCCCUUUCGGAAGGUAAGAAAAUAAGCUCCCACAUCAAUGACAGUGGGCAUGCAUUUGCCACACACCCUCUUAUACAAACUAAACUUAUCAACAUGUUUGACAAGUGCGGAAGCGUUAUGGACGCUCGCCAUGUUUUUGACAACAUGUGCGAACCAGACGUUUUUUCAUGGAAUGUGAUAAUUGCGGCCUACCGAAAUCAUGGGUAUCCUCAACAGGCUUUCAAACUGUUUCACCAAAUGCAACGAACGGCCGUCCAACCUGAUCACUUCACCUUGUCCACUGUUCUCCGUGUGUACCAACACAUCAUCUCUAAAAUAUGGUUUGCAGAUCCAUGGAAAGGUAAUCAGAUGUGGAUUUCAAUCCGAAGUUAUUGUGAUGAAUACCCUAAUCGAUAUGUAUUCAAAAUGUGGAAGGAUACACAAUGCGCGUCAAUUGUUUGACAAAAUGCAGAAUGCAGAUGUCGUUUCAUGGAAUGCGAUGAUUGCAGGCUACGUCAAACCGGGUGUGCUUGACGAGGCUUUUAUGCUUUUCAGUUAAAUGCCUCAGCCGAAUGUGGUCUCGUGGACUUCAAUCAUUGCUGGAUAUGCACAAAAUGGGUUUGUGGAAAAAGCCUUGGACAUUUUUAAGCAAAUGCAGUUAGCAGGUGUAAAACCAACCUCAGAAACAUUUUCAAGCAUCGUCUCCGCUUGUUCUAAAAUCGGACUUGUGGAACAGGGUAUGGGAAUCCAUCAAAGAGUAACAGAAAGUGGAAUACCCUUCAAUAUUGUGGUUGCCAAUGCCCUGAUAGACAUGUACACAAAAUGUGGAAGCGUACGCAAGGCACGCCAAGCUUGACGAGAUGUUUCACCGAAAUGUCAUCUCAUGGACAACAAUGAUUGCAGGAUACACGCAAAAUGGGCAUGCUGAUAAAGCUUUGGAAAUGUUUAAUGGAAUGCAAGUGGCAGGCGUAAAACCAAACUCGUCAACCUUUGCCAGCAUCCUUACAUCUUGUGCUAAAAUGGGAGCUUUGGAACAGGGUAUGGAGGUCCACACAAAAGUAAUUGAGAGCGGACAUUUGUGGGAUAUUGUACUUGUGACUGCCCUCCUGGACAUGUACACAAAAUGUGGAAACAUAGAAAAGGGACACAAAUUGUUCAACACAAUGCAUAACCCAGAUGUGGUUUCAUGGAAUACAUUGAUUACAGGAUAUGCCAAUAUUGGAGCUCUUGACAAGGCUUUGAAGCUUUUUAAUGAGAUACCUCAUAGAAAUGCUGUCUCAUGGACUGCAGUCAUUACUGGAUUUGCUCAAAAUGGGCUUGUUGAAAAUGCUUUGGAGUAUUUCAAGCAAAUGCUUUUAGCAGGCAUAGAACCAAGCUCAGUAACCUUUGCCAGCAUCCUACCUGCGUGUGCCAAAGUUGGCGCUUUGGAACAGGGUAUGGAAACCCAUGAAAAAAUCAUCGAAAGAGGACUUUUGUCAGAAGUUUUCGUUGCAAAUACCCUUAUACACAUGUAUGCAAAAUGUGGAACCAUACAGAAGGCAUACAAAUUGUUUGACAAAAUGCCUCAGCGAACUAUCAUCUCAUGGAAUGCAAUGAUUGCAGGAUAUGCAAUGCAUGGCUAUAGCAAUGAUGCCCUUAAACUCUUUGCACUAAUGAAGCACUCUGGAACAAACCCCAACCAUGAGAUAAAUCACAUCCACAAACACAGGAAAUCUAUGCAAAGUUGGAUACAUUGUCUUGGAAGAUGAAGGCAGCAGGGUAUACACCGAAUAUAACACCUAUAUUGAAUGAUGUGGAGAAGGUAGAGAAGGAAAUACUUCUUUGCCACCAUAGUGAGAAGUUGGCAAUAGCAUUUGGGUUAUUAAACACGUUGCCUGGAACAACUAUCAGAGUUGUCAAGAACCUUCGAGUCUGUGGUGACUGUCAUACUGCAACCAAGUUUAUAUCCAAGGUUGUUGCAAGAGAAAUUGUUGUGAGAGAUGCUAAUCGUUUCCAUCAUUUUAAACACGGACAAUGUUCUUGUGGAGAUUAUUGGUGAUGCUAAGGGAACCUAGAAACUUAGGUUUUUGCUAUCCAAAGUUGCAGGAUCUCAGAUGGUAAGAAGGAAUUAUGCUUUAUUUUCAGUUCCCAAGAAAAUGCUGUUUGUGGGUGUUUGGAGCAAUAGACCAUGCUUUGACAUGAUGAGAUGAUAUUGCACAUCAAGUGUCAUGGCGUGGAUAUACUGAUGGGAUAUUUGUUCUGGCUCCGUUGUAACAUGGAUAAGUCAUGACAUUAGUCUGUUCUUCAUGAAGCUGCUGAAAAGCUGGCGAAGGCAGAGAAGAAUAGAUAAUGUGAAAGCAAAGCAAUGCUUGGAGGAGAUGGAAACCUGUUCAGUCGACAGGAAUGUUAAGAGGAGCUUACAAUUAAGUGAACGGUGAGAAGAGCAUUUCUUGGGCAUUCUUUACUGGGAGUAGGUGGUUUUGGUCCACUUUACUUGCAGGCUUGGUCAUGAUGUCAAAAUGCAGGCGUAGAAGAUUUGUGCCGUAUGCAAAUCUAAUGGAAAGAGUUUCCUUGUGCCACAAGAUCAGUUUCAUAGUCAAUUUGGUGUUUGGUUUGCCUGUGGCCUGAAAUGACAUUGACCUUAAAAACUCUUGCCUUUUUAAUUUGCGACUGUGUUUUUGUUUGGAUCGAUUUCUUUGUCCUGUUUCAAUGUCAGCUGUGCUUCUAUUUCCUAAAGCAUAUUUACGAAAAUAAAUCGAAAUUCAUAUU